UCUCGUGACGUCAAGUGUGCCAACUGUCGUAAAAGCAGACGGAAGAAGGACAAAGAAGUGAAGGCGGACGCUAAUAAGUCAGUGUUGUUAUUUAUUCGCUAUUAUGUCAAUAUUUAUGUUGUAAAGAGACAUAUUUAACUAUUUAUUUCAGGGCAGAACGUCUCAGUCUGCGAGAAUCUUUGCGUUGCUUUGCUAGUCAGGACUAUAAAGCUGAGAAGCGUCACGUGCUAGUUAGCUUAGCUUGUUAGCUUAGCCUGUUAGCUGCUAACAAAGAAACGCGGACGUUAUCAACACUUCGCUAAGUAGAAAUCAAAUGUGAGAGUAAAGUGUUGUGAUUGUGUGAAAAUGUGCGAAAGAACCAUAGCAAAGUACGAGGAGGAACUUUCCAAAAGAAAAGAGGAGGACAAUCAACUACUGGACGCUGUUUUCAAGAAACAUCAAGUUGUGUUACACAUAAAAGAUGUCCAUCAGCCCCCCCACAUUAAAGAGGAAGAGGAGGAUCCACAGCCCCCCCACAUGAAAGAGGAAGAGGAGGAAGUGUGGAUGAGUCAGGAGGGAGAGUGUCUUCUAGGGCAGGAGGAGGCUGAUGUCAGCAAGUUUCCACUGACUGUUGUCUCUGUGAAGACUGAAGAGCAUGAAGACAAACCACCUGAGUCCUCACAGCUUCAUCACAGUCCAAACGUCCAGCAGCCCCCCCACAUUAAAGAGGAAGAGGAGGAUCCACAGCCCCCCCACAUGAAAGAGGAAGAGGAGGAAGUGUGGAUGAGUCAGGAGGGAGAGUGUCUUCUAGGGCAGGAGGAGGCUGAUGUCAGCAAGUUUCCACUGACUGUUGUCUCUGUGAAGACUGAAGAGCAUGAAGACAAACCACCUGAGUCCUCACAGCUUCAUCACAGUCCAAACGUCCAGCAGGUGUCAGCAGAGAGUCAUGAAGAGAUUCCCUCUAAGCAGCAGGAGUGGAGCUCCAGUGUGGGACAGAAGGAGCUACAGGCCACCUCCCACAUUAAAGAGGAGCAGCUUCAUGAUGAAGAUGAAGCUCAGUCCUUACAGCUUCAUCACAGUCAAAGUGAGGAGAACAGAGGGGCGGAGCUUGUAAGUCAACACAUCACAGAAGCUGAUGGAGAGCAUUGUGAAGAUAUAAAGUCAGAACCAGACAGUCUCUUUGCUCCACUGUCAGACAUGGACCACAUGAUGUCACACUCUUCUGAUCACAGUGACCACAUUCAAGAACCUUUGGAGAGGAAAAAUGACUCUAAAGGUGAUACGAGACAUCACACUAACAACAAACACUUUGACUGCUCUCAAUGUAGGAAGUCAUUUAGACGGAAGACUCAUUUUACAGCACACAUGAGAAUACAUACUGGAGAGAAACCUUUUACUUGCUCUGUUUGUAAGAAGAGUUUCUCCACAAAGGGUAACAUGACCACACACAUGAGAACACAUACUGGAGAGAAACCUUUUACUUGCUCUGUUUGUAAGAAAAGUUUCUCCAGAAAGCUUCUUGUCACCACACACAUGAGAAUACAUACUGGAGAGAAACCUUUUACUUGCUCUGUUUGUAAGAAGAGAUUCUCCACAAAGCAACAAAAGACCACACACAUGAGAAAACACACUGGAGAGAAACCUUUUCCUUGCUCUGUUUGUAAGAAGAGUUUCUCCAUAAAGACACAUAUGAACAUACACAUGAGAACACACACUGGAGAGAAACCUUUUCCUUGCUCUGUUUGUAAGAAGAGUUUCUCAACAAAGCAACACGUGACCACACACUUGAGAACACACACUGGAGAAAAACCUUUUCCUUGCUCAGCUUGUGCUAAAAGAUUCAACACUAAAAAUGAAAUAAAAUUACACAUGAGAACACAUAUUGGUGAUAAACCUUUUACUUGCUCUGUUUGUAAGAGGAGUUUCUCCAGAAAGCAAAACAUGACCAGACACAUGAGAACACACACUGGAGAGAAACCUUUUACUUGCUCAGCGUGUGCUAAAAGAUUCAACACGAAAAAUGAAAUUAUGUUACACAUGAGAAUGCACCCUGGAAAGAAACCAUUUAGUUGUACUGUGUGUGAUAAAACAUUCAGGUAUAAGUAUCAGGUCAGUAAACACAAGUGUGUAACAGUCAUGGAAGCUGCAGGGAUUUAAAAACACUUAAACAGUGAUUGUGCUAAAUGUACUUUAAAAACACAGCAUGUUUAAUAUGAAUGUAUAUUUGAUGUUGUAUGUAGUGCCUCUCAUCUUCUACUGUGAUAUGUUGUCCUGGAAUCACUUUUUAAGUUGUGUGCAUUUAUUAAAUAAUAUAUAAAUAGG